UUCUCCACGACCUGGAUACAGCGCGGAACAGAUAUGGGGCCGUAUACUGGCCGUGUGCGGAGAGUCGGUGAUAUCGACAUAACCCGGAACAACGACCUGAUGUGGGAGAUAUUUGACGAGAAGGGUCUGGUGAUUGGUUACAUUGACGCUUCCCCGCCAUCUCAAACCAGCUGGAUAUCGCACGUGCAGUGCGCUCGCAACGAUCAGGAACAGAACCUUGAGAUUGUUCAAACAGGAAACAAAAUUCUGUACAGAGCCACAAAGGCCAUUCCUCCCGAUCAAGAACUUCUAGUCUGGUACAGCCAAUCCCAGUACACCUACUUAGGUAUUCCCCUGAAUCCACCUGCCGACGAGAAAGCAAAUGCAAAGAAUAAAGAUGUGACCGGGAAGAAGACGCCCACCGAUGUACCCUCUCAAGCAUUCGGCAAACUGAAGUGUGUUGUGUGCCGGCGGGGAUUCAACUCAAGAAGCAAUCUGCGAUCUCACAUGCGCAUUCACACUCUGGAGAAGCCAUUCGUCUGCCGAUUUUGUAAUCGGAAAUUCAGUCAGUCGUCGACUUUGAGGAAUCACACCAGGCUUCAUACAGGUGAGAAGCCAUAUAAGUGUUUGGUGUGUAGGAGCGCUUAUUCUCAACUGGCAGGACUCCGGGCGCAUCAGAAGAGUGCGAGACACCGACCCGCCACCGACGAGAAAACCCCACAGGCAACAUAA